AUUGGAACCGCCUCUUUCCUUGCGGCUUUCUGCGUUUGGCGCCCUCAAAGGAAUCCGCUUUGGCGGAAAGGUCGCAAUGCAGCCGCAGCCGAAGCGUGUGCCAGUGCCAUGCUUUCAGCCAGCGGCGUUUCCGGCAGUCCGCAUGCCUCAGGCUGGGCAACAUAUGGCGCCGACGGUGCCUCCUCCGGCACAAGCAGCGCCACAAGCGCCGCGGCAGGUGUCGUGGAUUAAUCACGCCUCCUUUACCGCUGCGCCAGGCUACGCGCCGACGCAUGUGCCAAAAAGCUACGGCACGGUGCCUGCUUCCGGUUCCGCUGCGGCCCCCCCGGGCGCCAGCCGGUGCCAGGUCCGUGUGCCAUGUCACUCGCGGAUGAGUGCUGGAUCCAAUCAGGCUUCGCCCGUCCUCGCCUCUCCGCGACGGCCAGGUUCCCCGUGCAAAUCGCCCGAGGCAUCCUUGAAGACGUCUCGCAUGCGAUACUCUUCUGCAGGUCGUACCUAUGAGAAGGACAGACCCAAUGUGGCGGUUCUUACGACAGAGGCAGUCUGCAGCCCGUCUCCUUCUGCCACACGGCCAGCGCCCAAAGCCCGUGGUGCGUAUCGCAGCAGCUCAAGCAGCUCUAGCCUGGAAGGCUCCCCCAGGCGCACGAGGGGUGCAUUCGAGCGCGCCUUGAGCGCCGGCGUGCGCAUGGGCGAGGCGCCAGCUCUCUCUCGUGGGGCGACCGCCAGCUCCUCAUCUGCGCUUCUGGCGGAGGCGGCCAAUGGCAUCCUGCGGCGCAGCUCUGCAGGGCCGGGGCCCGCAGUCGUGGCACGCCAGCGAUCGGGCCGCCGUCCAGGUAGCAAGUCGCCGCCGCGGAAUGCACAGGUGCCCAGAAGGCCUUCCGGCGGUCCGCUGUCCAGCCGCGGCACCCCGGGGAGAAAGUCUGCAGUGGCUAUCGCGGUCACCGGCAACUUGAACAACCUAGUCAGCAGCAACCACACAGAGCCAGAGGCGGAAGCAGAACCGGCUCACCGGUAUGAAGGUGACUUGCGCUCGCAGAACUACAACAAGCAAGUGGCGGCGGCGCUGGCGGCUGGAUUCAGCCAGGAGUCGCUGCCAGCUCCUAGCAAGAUCCGUCCUGCCGAAGUCCACGACCUGAACGGCGCAGGUAACCUCAAGCUGGUGGUCCAGCUUCUGCCAUCGGAGAUCGUCAACUGGAAGGACGUGCAGCUGAUUAAGCCCGUGAGCAUGGGCUCCUUUGGGGAGGUCUUCCUGGCCAGGCUUCGCGGUCAGCACGACGUGAGCGUCAAGCGCAGCUUGCUACGGAAUGAUGGAUCCAUGACAGCGGAGCAGCUCCGGAACUUGGAGAGGGAGAUCAACUCCUACAGAACGUUGCAGCACCAGUACAUCGUGAAGUACAUCGGCUGCAUUCUGGAGCACCCCAAUCUGGCCAUCGUCACUGAGUAUCUUCCCAACGGCAACUUGUUCGACCUCCUGUACAUGCAAAAAGUCAACCUCAAGGCAGCCCUGAGGCUCAAGAUCUCCAGCCAGAUGUGCAAGGCCAUCGCCUACAUGCACAGUUUGCAGCCGAUGCUGAUCCACCGGGACCUGAAGACCCAGAAUCUGGUGCGAAUGGCUUCGGGGUCGCCGAAUCUCGGGGAGCUGAAACUGCUUCGGAAGUGGAGGAAAGAAGAGCGGGCCAACCCUGUGGACCGCAGAGCCAAGACUACCGCGCUGGGCCGCGAGACCCGGUGGGCCGACGCCUGCUCCUUGCUGCGCCAGCUGCGCUUGGAUGCCGUUGGACUGGACACCAUUGCGCACAAUGCCGUCAUCAAGGCCUGCGAGCGAGGUUCGCAGUGGCCCGAGGCCCUGCGCCUCUUCGGCGAAGUCGGAGCGCCAGAUUUGGUGACUUUCAACACCACGAUCAGCGCUCUACAGAGAGGACACGAGUGGCAGCAAGCCUUGCUGCUUGCGGACCAGGUCCAAGUCCUUGGCCUGCGUGGGGACAAAGUGACCUGCGCUGCCUCCUUGCAAGCCUGCGAGCGAGGCGGUCGCUGGGACUUGGCCCUCCAGCUGCUGGCGGAGUUCAGGCAACAGGGCCAAGAGCUCGACCAGGUGUGCCUGAACAGCGCCGUAAGCGCAUGCGGACGAUGCAGGCAGUGGCAGUGGGCUAUCUCCUUGCUGGAGCAAAGCAGGCCCGACGUGGUCACCUACAAUGCCGCCAUGGACGCAUGCAGAGGCCAGCAAUGGCAGCGAUGCCUGACUUUGCUGAAUGAGAUGUUUCACAGCGUCUUGUAUCCCAGCAUCAUCUCCUACAACAUUGCCAUCUCUUCCUGCGAGCAGGGGCCCUGGCAGUUGGUGCUGGAGCUGCUAAAGGAUCUGAAGCUUCAAGGCCUGAAGCCUCGCGCCGACACCUUGAGCGCUGCCAUGCAGGUGUGCUCCAAGGCGCACCAGGCGGAGAUGGCCCUGAACUUGUUGUCCGAGCUUCCAAGAAGCCCAGCCAGGCAACUGUUGGUGGCCCACAACACCGCGUUACACGCCUGCGCCCGGGGCCAGCUGUGGCUUCGCAGCCUGCAGCUCUUGGACCAGAUGUCCACUGUCGCGAUUACCCCGGACGUGCUUUCCUUCACUUCUGCCGUCACUGCUACGGGCAAAGUCCAGCAAUGGGCCGCCGCCAUGGUACUUUUGGAGGAGGCACACACUCGGCAGCUGGGCAACUCGUGGCUGCUCAAUGCGGCGGUGGACGGCUGCAGUCGCGCCUUCCAGUGGCAGGCCGCCCUCGCGGUGUUGCGGAUGGGGUCGCCCAGCAUGAUCGCCCACAGCCUGGCGGUAAGCGCGUGCGCGGCAGCAGGGUCAACCCGGGCAUCUCAAUUGCUGCAAGAAAUGUUGGACGGGGGCUUGGCGCCCGAUCAGCAAGCUAUUGUCGGGAUGAUGGCUGCUUGCAAGGAGGGUGGCCUUUGGGCUCUCGCUUUGCAGCUUCUGGAUGUUCUGGCAGGCUUCUGCGUGCCCAUUGAAGAGACGUCUCAGCAGCCCUUCAGCCUUGCCAUAGGUGCCUGCGACGCCGCGGGCCAAUGGGAGUCUGUUCUCGCAGUGCUGGCUCGGAUGCAAGAUCAGGGCCCCGCACCCAACGCAGUAGCCUUGAACGCGGCCUGCAGUUCGCUGAUGAGCCAUGGGCUCUUGGCGGAGGCGCUCUGCCUUUUCCGCGAGGCCAAGGAGGCCGGGCUCAAUGCCGAGUGCCUAGAUUUCACCAACCCGGCCGACCUGGAUUUGCACGUCUUCCCGGUGGACUUGGCGAAGCUUGCGGUGCUGGAGAAGCUGCUAGAAGCCGCCAUCUCCACGCCAAGAGGCGUGUGCUUGAUCACCGGGCGCGGGCUCCACGGCGAAGGCGACUUGGCGCCGGUGCUGACGCCGGUGCUCUGCGCGUGGCUCCGGGAGGAGCUCGGUCUGGCGGUGGAGGAUGGGGCCAGCCUGGGCAACGAUGGCCGGCUUUGGGUGCCAGAAAGCGCGCUGCAGGAGCUGAGCGUGACGCCAACCUCGGACUAG